UGUGUACGCUAGCAUUCACUACAUUCAAGAAUUUGACUUGGGUACCACGUAGUGUGUACUUCUUUUCGACCUGUUGAAGCAUCCUUUCUAAUACAAUUGUGAGUGAGAAAUUGACAAUACUUGCUUAUUAUGUUCGUGGAAAUGAAGUGUAUUGUGUGAUUUAAUAUUUUUCUGCACGAGAGAGUGAAAAUUAGGUGAUCGGUUUGGUGUUUGAAGAGAAAUCUUAAAAGUUUGUGCGGCUGGAUUAAAGUAAACAAGGUGAGGAUUUAACUAUUAUCUUCAACCUACAUCAACUGAUUUGAUGAAGAACCAUGAUCGGCAUUCUUCUCUUCCUCCUUUCUCUCAACUCCAUCAAUGCGCUUCCCCAAGGUGCCCCAACCAAAGUGUGUCAGACGAUGAAGCCGUUCCACGGGGGAGGCAUUCCUCCUCAACAGGACAUUUCUCCAUAUUCAAUCUAUAUGCGUCGCCAGAAUGGCGGCGUUCUCGUUACGCUUAUAUCUGACCUAGGAAUUCCAUUCCAAGGUUUCAUGCUUCAAGCCAGAACGCCCAAUCGAGAGCUUCUCGGUGUGUUUCAACCCAGAGGAAACGAGAGCCAUACGAUUGACUGCGCGCAAUCUGGGGAUACUCUCACCCACAAUGAUGCCAAUAACAAGGCGAUGAUCGAGGUUGAGUGGCAUCCGCCACAGGGAUAUGAAGGACCAGUAAUUUUUAAUUCCACUUUUGCACAAAAUUAUCAAACCUUUUGGGUGGGUGUAGAAUCCCGGCCUUUGCAAUUAAGCAGAAGAUUUACAGACGACCCGAUUUCGAACAUACCAAGUCGGAGACCAUCGUCCACACCUCCCAGUUUUUCUCCAGAAAUAAGAGAAGUUGAGACUGUGUUUGAUCCCUUCUAUGAAGGUUGCGGUGUUACUAAAUUGUGCUUUGGAGCACCUGCUAAUUGUCUCAAUUCAAAGAAUUGUAAAGCUGUUGUUGCUGUUACUGUAAGUGGUGAUAAGUUUGAAUUUGAGAUGAAAGCGACUGGAAAUGCAGGAUGGGUAGGUGUAGGACUUUCCGAUGAUGAUAAAAUGGGAGACGAUUCGGUUAUUGAAUGCGCAAAAAGAGGUAGUAACGUUGCAGCUUUCAUGUCGUGGACUAGUGGGCCUCCAAAUUACGGUUCAGCAAGACUCAACAAUCCACAACUCGGCAUAAGAUUGAUGAAUGCAAGUAUAAUUAAUGAUGUUUUAUACUGCAAAGUAAUGAGAGAUGAGAGAACGAAAGUGAAAGGAAAAAUUUUUGAUCUAGCUAAUGAAAAGUACCACAUACUGGUAGCUUCUGGUUCGCAAAUCAGUCCAACGUCUGUGGCAUUUCACGAUCUCGCAUUUUUGGCUAGUGGUAACAAGCAGUCACUUUCGGACGUAUCAGCACUUGCCGCAGCUUCAAAACUUCUGAUCAGACUUCAUGGUUCUUUUAUGUUGGCGGCUUGGAUCGGUACUGUUUCAGUGGGAAUACUUUUAGCACGAUAUUACCGAAAUACGUGGGUUGGUAGCAGCUUGUGUGGAAAAGACCUUUGGUUUGCUUGGCAUAGAAUGUUUAUGGUACUUACUUGGGCCUUAACUGUGACCGGAUUUGUUUUGAUUUUCGUUGAACUGAGAGCAUGGUCGGCUGAGAAAAAUCCGCAUGCAAUUUUGGGGACUGUUACAACGAUUAUUUGCUUUAUUCAACCGAUAGGGGCGUACUUUAGGCCACAUCCUGGUACUCCAAAAAGGUCUAUUUUUAAUUGGAUCCAUUGGUUGGGAGGCAAUGUAGCACAUAUUGUCGGCAUUGUUACAAUUUUCUUUGCUGUUAAAUUAACAAAAGCCGAAUUGCCGGACUUUGUGGAUUGGAUUUUGGUGGCGUAUGUUGCAUUCCAUGUCAUAAUUCAUUUAGUUUUAUCGGUGGUAGGGUGUAUAUCCGAAAAAUCAUUCGAAAGGCGAGUAACUUCAUUUCCGAUGAAGGAUUUGGGUGGUUCUGGAAGAAGUUCGGCGUAUGCAGAUAGAACCGGCGAUGCCCCGUACUCUGGUUUCCGAAAAUUUAUUUUAGCCAUUUACAUUGUAAUAGUGCUAGCUAUCGUUGUUGCCUUAAUUGUUAUAACAGCUCUAGCACCCAUUGAAGAAUCAUGGAAUAAUUUACGGAACUCGAUGAUGAAUGCCAAAUAAAAGUUUCAAGACAUUACCAAGAACCAAAAAUGGCAUUAUGCAUUAUGUUAAUGACUGAUUAUUUUAUAUUGUGAAUGUUUUACAGUAUGCGAUAAAAGCUGUGUACUUAAUAGGCUUAGAUUGUAUUAAUGAAUAAAAAAGUGACCAUUCCGUAUUAAACGCUACAAUUUAAAAAAAUGAGGUGUUCACCAAUUUACUAACUGCUUUUACAUUGAUAACUAAAUUUUGAAAUAUUAUGUAAACAGGUUACCUUCAUUUGACAAUCACGCACUUUUAUGUAACUAGGUAUUUUGUAAUAAUUUAUGUUUAUGAUUACUGUUUUAAUUAUUAUUUGUUAGCUAGAUAUUUUUUAAUUGUCAGUGAAAACCUGAAUUAGAUUCAAAUAUAAAUAUAUUUGUAAAUAAAGCUAUUAAACAUU